ACCGCUUAACGGGGCCGCCCGGCCCGCGCCCGCAGCCCGGAAAGAAGUGUGGGAGCCCGCGGGAUUCAGAGUUCCAAUGGCCUGGCAUCAGGACCGCCACCGGGCGUGGGGGACCCUGUGACCCCGGUUGCUCGGUGCUACCCCCUCCGCCCAGGCUGCCCUGGCCCCUGGACGGUCCUGGCCUCAGGCAGCAGGAAGCAACAGCAACAGCACAGCCUCCCCCUUAAGGGGGGAGGAGGGACCCUGGGUCCCUUGCUCCUUCUGAAGAUCCAGGAGGCCCUGCCCCGGGAAGAUGCCAGGGAGCUUGGGAUCGCUGCUCCUGGGGUUCCUGAUAGCGACUGCUGCGAGCCUGACCCCCCGGAGGUCGGCCGUGGACCUGGACGUCACCCCGAGGAUGACCGUCCCCCAUGAAGAGCUGACUGGUACCCGGCUCUUCGGUGGCGGCACCCUGAACUACUCAACCCUCCUGCUGGAGGAGGCAGCCGGGUUGCUGCUUGUGGGGGCUCGCGGAGCCCUCUUCUCCCUUAACUCCAGUGACAUUGCCGACGGCGCCCACCGCGAGAUCCGCUGGGAAGCGUCGGCAGAGACACAGAAAGACUGCCUCAAAAAGGGAAAAAACAACCAGACAGAAUGUUUCAAUCACAUCCGGUUCCUGCAGCGGCUCAAUGGGACUCACCUGUAUGUGUGCGGCACCCACGCCUUCCACCCGCUCUGUGCCGUCAUUGAUGCUGACAAGUUUACUUUACCUUCCAGCUUUGAAGAGGGGAAGGAGAAGUGUCCCUAUGACCCUGCUCGAGGCUACACGGGGCUUAUUGUAGAUGGGGGGCUGUACACCGCCACCCGGUAUGAAUUCCGCAGCCUCCCUGACAUCCGGCGCAGCCUGCAUCCCCGGGCCCUCAAGACUGAGGAGUCGCCCAUGCACUGGCUCAAUGAUGCGGAGUUUGUGGCCUCCGUCCUGGUGCGGGAGAGUCAGGGCAGCUCCGUUGGGGAUGAUGACAAGCUCUACUACUUCUUCACGGAGCGGGCGGCGGAGGAGAGCGGGGGCAUUUUUGACCGGAGCCGGGCAGCCCGCGUGGCCCGUGUGGCCCGCAUCUGCAAGGGUGACCUGGGCGGGAAGAAGAUCCUGCAGAAGAAGUGGACCUCGUUCCUGAAGGCCCGCCUGGUGUGCCACGUGCCCUUCUAUGAGGCUCUGCAGUCCGUCUGCAGUUUGGAUGGCGGCGCCUGGCGUUCCACGCUCUUCUACGCCACCUUCACCCUCUCCACACAGUGGAGAAGCGUGGAGGCCUCAGCCGUGUGCCGCUACAACCUGACGGAGGUGCAGGCCGCCUUCGCUGGCCCCUACAUGGAGUACCAGGACUCCUCCCGGAAAUGGGGGCGUUACGAUGGCAAGGUGCCCGAGCCCCGGCCUGGAUCUUGCAUCACAGAUGGAUUGCGGCGUCGUGGCUUCAACUCGUCGCAGGACCUCCCCAACAGCGUGCUGGACUUUGUGAAGCUGCACCCGCUGAUGGCCCAAGAGGUGGGGCCGGCCGGGGGGCGCCCGCUGCUUCUCAAGAGGAACGUGCUCUACACCCAGCUGGCCGUGGCCCGGGUGGACGCGUUGGAUGGCUGGCCUUACGACCUGCUCUUUAUGGGGACAGGGGACGGCUGGAUCCACAAGGCCGUGGUGCUGGGUUCCGGGGUGCACAUCAUCGAGGAGAUCCAGGCGUUCCCGGAGCCCCAGCCUGUGGAGGGCCUGGUCAUCUCCCUGGCCCAGCACAGCCUGUACGUGGGAGCGCCCAGUGGGGUCCUCCAGCUGCCCCUGUCCAGCUGCUUCCGCUACGACUCCUGCUACGCUUGCGUCCUUGCCCGUGACCCCUACUGCGCCUGGGACGGGCAGCGGUGUCGCCAUGUGGCCAACGUGACCGACAGGGCGGGGCUGACCCAAGAUGUGGAGCGCGGGAAUCGUGGCUGUGUGAGCGCCAAGAUGGCCCCGCUCUGGCCGCCCCCGAAAAACCGGACCGUGGUCCGGGGCGACGAUGUCCUGCUGGCCUGCGACCAGCCGUCCAACCUGGCCUGGGCCCUGUGGCAGCUCAACGGGAGCCGGACGCUGGCAGAUGGGCAGGAGGGCUACCGCGUCGGGGUGGACGGGCUCCUGGUGACCGACAGCCGGCCGGAGCAGAGCGGCCUGUACCGCUGCUACGCCCAGGAGAACGGGCUGCGCACCCCGCUGGCGGCCUACGCCCUGACCGUCCGCCCCGAACCCCCCGGCCGCCGGCCCCUGCCCAAGGAGCCGGCCCCGGCCCCGGUCUCCCCGGGCCGUGUGACGGCCGACGUGAAGUUGGCGUACAUCCUGGCGAUCGCGGCGUUGGGGGCCCUGUGUCUGGUGCUGGGCACCGUGCUGUUGCACGUGGCCUGCCGGAGCCGCCGCCGCCGGGGCAAGUUCAGGCCCGUUCUGGGGCAAGCUCGGGCCUGGGCCGGGGGCCACCUGCCCGUGGAGCUGCACACGGUCUCGGGCCAGAGCCCAGGGCCGGACGGCGAUGGGGCCGGGGCGGGGGGGGAGCUGGGCCCGGACCACCCCGCCGCCCGCCUGCAGAUCAUCCCCGGCGAGGCCCCGGCCCCCUCCCCAGCCCGCCAGCCGUCCCCGCCCCCACCGCCGCCGCCCCCGCCGCCCUCGGAGUUGCCCAAUGGGCUGGGGGCGCUGCCCAGCAUGCUGCGCAAGAUGAACGGCAACAGCUACGUGCUGCUGCGGCAGAGCGAGGACGGGCCCCCGCCCCACUUCAGCUCCUUAACCGAGGAGCUCAACAGGUUCCUGGAGAAGCGCAAGCACACGCAGCUGGUGGACAAACUGGACGAAAGCUCCGUCUGAGACCCCCCCUCCUCCCC